UUGUCUAACAUGUCCUUUCCGCGCCAUUGGCGUUUUUUUCUCCCACUUCAAUUUCCCGUUCAUCCUGUUUACAAUGUAUCUUGACAUCAUCACCGCUGCGAUCCAAGGCGGUAAGAUAUCUACGACUGCGAAAACCUUGCGAUUUCAGAGGUUAGCAUAAGCAAGGAAUUCACCACCAUGCGUUCGCGCCCGUACACGCCGCCACCUCCGCUGCCACCAUUGCUCGCCGAAUUAGCCACAUUACUCCCCAAUCGUGAGCGCAGAAGCGGCGAGGGCGACAGGGCGAUAUCAUUGUCAGAUCUAGAUCCUGAGACGAGUCGGCUGUUGCCAGCCAAAGAGCGACCGCAACACUGUGUAAGAGUGCAGGGUCGAUUGGCGCCAGUGCGUAGCGUGUCCGUUGCCAACCUGCGAUCGACAAGCCAGACACGUUUCGACACGGCAGUGAGCGGUACUCCGACUCCGACUCGGCCCCGGAGGCGACGGAGCUCAGACGACCUAGAUAAAAACGAGACGGGAAGUGAGAUCCGGGAGAGGGAUUCCCAGCUCAGAGGCUAUGGCAUUGGCGGACGAGGCAAUAUCCGUCGGCCAACAGAAGUCAUAGGGACUCAAUCCGAGUCUCCCAUAUCCGCGCUCUCGCUCUUUUCAGGUCCCAGCGUAACGACGCACCGCUCGUUCUCGGGGCCGGGUGCGGAUAAGAAAUUUAGUUUCUCGGGGUUAUUGAAUCGGAUUGAAGAGCGCAGGGGGAAGGAGUAUUUGAAUAAAUAUCAACGAUAAUGCGGCGCAUGAGAGAAGUCUGACCCGGGCCUAGGGAUCUAUAUUAGAAUUUCCCAAGC